AGAGCAGCUGACUUGACUCCCGGCUGCAUCGUCUGCUCCAUCUUGUGAGCAUAAGAGUCGGUUUCCAGAGGAGCCAGAAGCAAGAAGAGCCCUAGGGGCGAGCUGACUUGACCCCCGGCUGCAGCUCCAGCUUCCCAUGGCAUCUGGAUCCACCAUAAUGGACCCCGUCUGUCUGGUAAGAAACCAGAACAAUCAGCUGACAGUAAAUCCUAGAGCAUUAAAGACUCUCGAGCAGAUAUCUCAGCCUGUGGUGGUGGUGGCCAUUGCAGGGCUGUAUCGGACCGGAAAGUCCUACCUGAUGAACCGCCUGGCAGGACAGAACCACGGUUUCCGUCUGGGCGCCACAGUGCGGUCUGAAACCAAGGGCAUCUGGAUGUGGUGCGUGCCCCACCCCUCCAAGGAGAACCACAUCCUGGUCCUUCUGGACACUGAGGGUCUGGGUGAUGUGGAGAAGGGGGACUCCAAGAAUGACUCGUGGAUCUUUGCCCUGGCCGUGCUCCUGAGCAGCACCUUUAUCUACAAUAGCAUGAGCACCAUCAACCACCAGGCCCUGGAGCAGCUGCACUAUGUGACUGAACUAACAGAGUUAAUCAGAACCAAAUCAUCUCCCAGCUCCGAUGAAGAAGAGGACUCAGCUGAGUUUGUGAGUUUCUUUCCAGACUUCAUCUGGACUGUGCGGGAUUUCAUGUUGGAACUGGAGUUAGAUGACUACCCCAUCACUGAAGAUGAGUACCUGGAGAAUGCCUUGACAUUGAUUCCAGGCAAGGAUCCCAAAAUCCAAAAUUCCAACAUGCCCAGAGAGUGUAUCAGGAAAUUUUUUCCGAAAAGAAAGUGCUUUGUCUUUGACCGGCCUACAAAUGACAGAAAGCUAUUACUCCGUGUUGAGGAACUAUCAGAUAACCAAUUGGAUGUGAAUUUCCAGAAGCAAUCAAAAGAUUUUUGCUCAUAUAUCUUUACCCAUGCAAAGCCCAAGACCCUAAGAGAAGGAAUCACUGUCACUGGGGGAGGGUUGGGGACUCUGGUGGAGGCCUAUGUAAAUGCCAUCAACAGUGGAGGAGUUCCCUGUUUAGAGAACGCAGUAAUAACUCUGGCUGAGCGUGAGAACUCAGCAGCCGUGCAGAAGGCGGCUGAUCACUACAAUGAGCAGAUGACCCAGCGACUGAACCUUCCCACAGACACACUCCAGGAGCUGCUGGAGGUGCACACAGCCUGUGAGAAGGAAGCCAUUGCCAUCUUCAUGGAGCGCUCUUUCAAGGAUGACAAGCUGAUGUUCCAGAAGAAGCUCGUGGACAUCAUGGAGAAAAAGAAGGACAGUUUCAUGAUCCAGAAUGAAGAGGCUUCUGUCAAAUAUUGUGAGGCUGAGCUUAAGCAGCUUUCAGAAUCCUUGGUGAAAUGUAUUUCAGGAGGCACAUUCUUUGUCCCUGGAGGACACAGUCUCUAUUUAGAAGCAAGGAACAAGUUUGAACAAGACUAUACACUGGUUCCCAGGAAAGGAGUUAAGGCCAACCAGGUUCUCCAGAGCUACCUGCAGUCACAGGCAGGAGUAGAGGAAGCCAUCCUGCAGGCAGACCAGGCCCUCACUGCUGGGGACAAGGCCAUGGCAGCUGAGUGUGCCAAGAAGGAUGCAGCUGAGAGGGAACAGGAGCUUCUAAGAGAGAAACAGAAUGAAGAAGAACAAAAAGUGGAGGCACAAGAGAGAAGCUUCAAAGAAAACCUGGCCCAACUGCAAGAGAAGAUGGAAAGGGAAAGAGAAAACCUUCUGAGAAAGCAGGAAACGAUGCUGGAGCACAAGCUGAAGAUGCAAAAAGAGUUACUCACAGAUGGAUUCAAAAAGGAAGCUGAGGCGUUAGAUAAAGAGAUAGAUCAACUAAAAGAAGGUAUUCGAACAACUGAAAAGUCCUUCAAUAUUUCAGAUGUCCUUGAUAUGGCGAGCAUGGCAUUAGUUGCAGUACUCCCUGGGCCUUAUAAAGUAGUUGGUAUGGGACUGAAACUUCUCAGUGAUCGUAUGAAAGGGGCUGAGAAACCCUCCUAA